UUCUAGUGCACUGUAUCUAAUAUGAGUGUCCAUGAGAGAGAGAGGGGUGAUGUUCAGACACAUGAAGCAGCAUCUCCAGAACCAAGCUGUGUGUCUAUGAAGAGUGUCGAGUCCAUACCUGUUCCACCUAAUCUCAGUGACGGACCAGGGACCUCUGACCCUGUCUCUGACUAUAAAAUGAGUCUCUGUAAAAAAAGAGAGGAGGAUGAGGAUCAUCACACACAUAAAGAUGAAUCUCCAGAACCCAGCUGUGCGUCUAUAAAUAGUGACAGAUCGAUGAGAAAACCCCCUCAUCUCAGUGAUGGAGCAGUGACCUCUGACCCUGAAGUAGAAAGAUAUUCUGUGAUCAGAUCAGUGAUGUUCUACCUGGAUGACUUUGUCUCCGAUUGUCUGCCCCUCAUGGGGGUGGAUAACACAGAAACGGCCUUGCAUAGAGUUAAACACCAACACAAAACCAGCAUGAAGAACAAGUAUGAGAGCUUAUUUGAUGGAAUCAUACGACAAGGGAAUCAAACCCUCCUGAACAGGAUCUACACACAGCUCUACAUCAUAGAGGGAGAGAGUGAAGGAGUGAAUGAAGAACAUGAGGUUUUACAGAUGGAGAAAACAGCCAGAACACAAGACACUCCAAUCUACUGUAAUGACAUGUUUAAACCCUUAUAUGAACCAAAAUGUGAGGAGAAAGACAAAAUCAAGAUGGUUCUUACUAAAGGCAUCGCUGGAAUUGGAAAAACUGUCUCUGUGCAGAAGUUUAUUCUAGACUGGGCCGAGGAAAAAGCCAAUCAGGAUGUAGAUUUCAUGUUUGUGCUUCCAUUUCGAGAGCUGAACUUGAUUAAAGAUCACCAGUACAGUCUUCACAGACUUUUGCUGGACUUUCAUCCUAAACUUAAACACCUGGACACAAAGAUUUAUGAGGAGUGUAAAGUUGUGUUCAUCUUUGAUGGUCUGGAUGAAAGCAGAAUUCCACUGAUGUUUUCAGAUGAGGAAAAAGUUCUUGAUGUGAAUGAGUCUUCAUCAGUGGGUGUGUUGAUGUCAAACCUCAUCAGAGGAGAGCUGCUUCCCUCUGCUCUCAUCUGGAUCACCUCCAGGCCAGCAGCAGCCAAUCAGAUCCCCUCAAAAUACAUCAACCGUGUGACAGAAAUUCAGGGAUUCAAUGAGCCUCAGAAGGAGGAAUAUUUCAGGAAGAGAAUCAGUGAUGAGCAUGAAGCCAGCAGAAUCAUCUCUCACAUAAAAAGAUCAAGAAGCCUCCACAUCAUGUGUCACAUCCCCGUCUUCUGCUGGAUCUCAUCCACUGUGCUUCAGAACCUCUUGAAACGAGAUGACAGUGAGGAAAUCCCUCAAACUCUUACUGAAUUGUACAUCCACUUCCUGCUGACUCAGAUCAACAUGAGGAAUCAGAAGUAUGAUGAGAGAGAUCCAGAGAAACUCCUAAAGUCCAACAGAGACUUGAUUGUGAAACUUGCUGAACUGGCUUUCAAUCAGCUGAUGAAGGGCAAUGUGAUGUUCUAUGAGGAGGACCUGAUUGAGAGCGGCAUAGACGCCACUGACGCCUCAGUGUAUUCUGGGAUGUGCACUGAGAUCUUUAAGGAGGAAUCUGUGAUCCAUCAUAGGAAAGUCUACUGCUUCAUUCAUCUGAGCUUUCAGGAGUUUCUAGCAGCAUUCUUUGUGUUUUACUGCCAUGUAGUCGAGAAUGAGGAAUCACUUAAGUUUUUUCUGAAUGAAGAAUAUAAAUUGUACAGUCAGAAGAACUGUCUGUGUGAGCUACUAAAAGCAGUGAUUGAAAAAUCCUUACAUAGUAAAAAUGGACACUUUGAUCUCUUCCUGCGGUUCCUGCUGGGGAUCUCAAUGGAGUCCAAUCAGAGACUCUUACAGAAUCUACUGAAACACACAGUGAACAGCUCAGAGACCAUCAUGAGAAUCACAAAGUACAUUAAAGACACAAUCAGGAGUGAUGAUGUUUUUGAUUAUAUGAAACAGGAACAGCUCACAUAUGAGAGGUGCAUCAAUCUGUUUCUCUGUCUCCUGGAAAUGAAGGAUCAGACUCUGUACAGAGAGAUUCAGGAGUUUGUGAAAUCAGAGAAUCCCUUAGAGAAUGUUCUCUUACCAUAUCACUACUCAACAAUCGCCUACAUUAUUCAGAUAUCAGAGGAGAUGGUUGAUGAAUUUGAUCCGAGGAAAUACAAGGCAGGAGAGUGUGGUAUCAAGAGACUAAUACCAGCCGUGGUGAACUGCAGAAAAGCUCUACUUGCUGACUGUUAUCUCACUGCUCAGUGCUGUGAAAGUUUGUCUUCAUCUCUACAAUUGUCAAAUUCACUGAGAGAGCUGGAUCUGAGUCACAAUGACCUGCAGGAUUCAGGAGUGAAGCUUCUCUCUAAUGGACUGACGACUUCACACUGUAAACUAAACAUACUGAGACUAGCUGACUGUAAUGUAACUGAUCAGUGCUGUGAAAGUUUGUCUUCAUCUCUGCAAUCAUCAAGCUCCUCACUGAGAGAGCUGGACCUGAGUCGCAACAACCUGCAGGAUUCAGGUGUGGGGGUUCUGUCUGAUGGAUUGAAGAGUUCACACUGUCAACUUAACAUACUGAGACUGUCAAGCUGUAGUCUCACUGCUCAGUGCUGUGAAAGUUUGUCUUCAUCUCUACAAUCAUCAAACUCACUGAGAGAGCUGGACCUGAGUAAUAAUGACCUACAAGAUUCAGGAGUGAAGCUGAUCUCUUAUUGGCUGAAGAAUUCACACUGUCAGCUCAACAUACUAAGAUUAUCUGGCUGUAUGGUGACAGAGGAAGGCUGUUGUUUUCUGGCUUCAGCUCUGAGUUUAAACCCCUCACACCUGAGAGAGCUGGAUCUGAGUUAUAAUCACCCAGGACAAUCAUUAGUCAAGCUGCUUUCUGAUCCAGACUACAGAUUGGACAAACUCAAUGUGGAUCAUGGAGGAGAGAUCAGGAUUACAAAAGGACUACGGAAAUAUGCAUGUGUUCUCACACUUGAUUUAAACACAGCAAACACUCUUCUUGCUCUGUCUGAGAGGAAUAGAAAAGUGACAUGUGUAAGAGAGAAGCAGCCGUAUCCUGAUCAUCCAGAGAGAUUUGAUGACUGUCUUCAGGUUCUGUGUAGAGAGAGUCUGACUGGACGCUGUUACUGGGAAGCUGAAUGGAGUGGCGGGGGUGUUUAUAUGUCAGUGAUAUAUAAAGAAAUCAGCAAGAAAGGAAAUGGCUAUUUUAGGUUUAUACGCAAUGAAAAGUCCUGGAGUCUGAACUGUACUCCUGAAGUAUUCAUUGUCCAUCACAGUAAUAUUGACAGAAACACAUUUGUCUCUUCAUCUUCUAAGAGAGUAGGAGUAUAUCUGGACUGGGCGGCCGGCACUCUGUCCUUCUACAGUGUCUCUGGCACACAAACACUUACACACUUACACACAUUCAACACCGCAUUCACUGAACCCCUCUAUGUUGGAUUUGGUUUUUUUUAUUCUGGUAGUAGUUCCGUGUCUCUGUGUGAGAUUAAAUAGCCUUCAGUAAGAAACAACUGAGACAAAGUUGAGUGAAAGAAACACUCAUAU